AAUAUGGCAAACAUUUUGGGUGGUAUUGGUAGCAUACUCAGGAUGGUCAUCCCCUUUCGAGUUGGCAUUCAAGAAGGUAGCCGUUGAAGGCCUUUUGCCUCUUGAUAUAGUGGUCGAUGCCUCCUUCGCCAUUGACAUUCUUCUCACUUUCUUUGUCGCUUACUCGGACAAAUCCACUUAUUUACUCGUUGAUGAUCAUAAGAAAAUUGCUUUCAGGUAUGUCAUUCAUCUAGGGUUCCCAAUGGAUGUUGCAUCAACCGUACCAUUUCAAACCAUAUUCCGGAUCUUUGACGGGAAGAAGCAAGGAGAAGAUGUUUUUGGCUUCCUAAACUUGCUCAGACUUUGGCGACUACGGCGUGUUAAUAAAUUCUUCUCAAGGCUAGAGAAGGACAUUCGGUUCAGCUACUUCUGGACAAGAUUCUGUAAACUAAUUUGUAUGACCUUAUUCGCUGUGCAUUCCGUUGGCUGUUUAUAUUACUGGCUAGCAACUCAUUAUCAUACUGCAGAGAAUACCUGGAUUGGAUCAAAUGUUACUAAUUUCCAAGAAAGAAGUAUCUCUCUAGGAUACACAUAUUCCAUGUAUUGGUCUGUUGCUACCCUCACCACGGUUGGCUACGGUGAUCUUCGUGCACAUAAUACAGGAGAGAAGAUUUUCUCCAUCUUCUACAUGUUUUUCAACAUUGGCCUCACUGCUUACUUAAUUGGCAACAUGACCAAUCUUAUUGUCCAUGGCAUUGCUCGAACUUUCGCAAUGCGGGACGCCAUCAAUAAGACAGUGAGAUAUGCAAGCAAGAAUAUACUUCCAGAAGGCAUAAAAGAGCAAGUUCUGGCACAUUUGACUCUCAAAUUCAGGACUGCAGAACUACAGCAAGAGGAAGUAAUUGGAGACUUGCCCAAAGCAAUAAGAUGUAGCAUUGCGCAAUAUCUUUUCCAUACAACACUUGAAAAUACCUACCUUUUAAAAGGGGUUUCUGAAGAUUUCUUAGUCCAGUUGGUUUCCGAGAUAAAAGCAGAAUACUUUCCACCAAAAGUUGACAUUGUUAUUCAAAAUGAUAUACCAACAGAUUUCUAUAUUGUUGUCUCUGGAGCUGUGGAAGUGGUUACAUACAAGAAUGGAAUGGAACAGUUCCUGUCAAAGUUGGAAUCCCCAGGAUUGUUCGGGGAAGUAGGUGUUAUCUUUAAUAUGCCCCAGCCUUUCACCGUGAGAAGUAAGAGGUUUUCUCAGGUUGUUCGAAUCAGCCAUCAUCAUUUCAAGCAACUGCUGCAGCCACUUAACGCAGAUGGAAAGAUAAUCCUCUCCAAUUUUCUUCAGCAUCUGAAAGGAAUGGAAAGGGAAGAGAUACCACUCAUAUCAGAGCUGCUCAGUGACCUGAAAAGUGAGGUGGGUACAGUGAGUAGGAGACAAAAUCAUGAAGGACAAAGCCAAGAUGGAAAUAAGAAAAGGUUUGGCAAAAGAGGAAGUAAAAUUCUCAUGGCAAAUGGCUCCCAAAUGGAGGAUUUGGGCGCUUUACAGGAAAAUGAUCACUUGCCUCGGUGCUUCACCAUGAGAGCUUCCUCCGAUACCGAAAUCAACCAGCUCGAGUUCGAGCUCAAAGAUCAGGUCUGGAAAAAAGACAUGUACAGGCUCCUUAGUGAGCAAAAGGACGGGGCCGUCAAAGACCUCUAG